AUGAUUCUAGGUAAGAAGCUCUUAGCUUUAGUAUGGUCUGCACACAGAAAUUUCAGCACAAAAGUUAGUUACAAAAGCAAGAAAUGGCCUCAGGAUAGAUAUAAGACCAGAGACAAACCCAAGAAGGGAGAAGUUGAGAACACAAAAACCAAAAUUCAAUGGACUGAUGAACAGAAACAAAUCAUAUCUGCCAUUUCUGAGGGAAAGUCUGUGUUCAUUACCGGUUCGGCGGGCACUGGAAAAACAAUUUUGGUUCAGCAUGUUAUCAAAUUGUUAAAAAGGCAGCAUAGAGCCUCUAAGGUUUUUGUCACAGCGCCUACUGGUGUUGCGGCUUGUGCAAUUGGGGGGCAGACUCUUCAUUGUUUCGCGGGGAUUGGGUAUCCCAUGGCUGAUAGGGAGACUUUGCUGCAUAGGAUUGUCCUAAAUAACAAGGCUUACAACAGGUGGUUGAAAGUUAAGGCAUUGGUUAUCGAUGAGAUUAGCAUGGUGGAUACUGAGUUUUUCGAGAGUCUUGAAUACAUUGCCAGAAAUAUACGACAAGUCAAUAAAAGUUGGGGUGGGAUUCAGAUUGUUGUGGGUGGGGAUUUCUUUCAGUUACCUCCCAUUAAACCCCAGCAGAAUUCAGGGGGAAGAGAAUUUGCUUUUGAAGCCGAUUGUUGGAAUUCUAGCUUUGACCUGCAGGUAAGUCUUACCAAAGUGUUUCGCCAAUCAGAUCCUCGGCUUAUCAAGUUACUUAAUGGGAUAAGAAGAGGAGAGAGUGACCCUGAAGACUUGAUGUUUCUUGAACAAUCUUGCUCAGAGGCUGAACCAGAUCCUUCUGUGGUACAACUCUAUCCAAGGAUUGAAGAUGUGAAUAGAGUGAAUGCAAGUAGAUUGGUAAGCUUGGGCAAUGAAUUUGUUAUCUAUACAGCUAUUGAUAGUGGUGAGGAGUCUAGGAAAUCACAGCUUGAACAGGGAAUAGCCCCCAAGGAAGUUACAUUGUGCAAAGAUGCGAGGGUGAUGCUGGUCAAGAAUUUGAAUACUUGGCGUGGCCUGGUGAAUGGUGCUACUGGUACGGUUCAGGGAUUUUAUGUGCCCAAAAAUAAGGAUAUAGCUGGCGUAUGCCAUGCUCUACCAAUAGUCAAGUUUGAUUCAGGGCCAGAAAUGUUGAUUGAACCAGAAACAUGGGCUGUGACAGAGGGAGAUAAAGUUGUUGCUGAACGAAAGCAGGUGCCUCUCAUAUUAGCAUGGGCUUCAAGCAUUCACAAGUGCCAAGGCAUGACUCUUGACUGCCUUCACACUGAUCUCUCUAAAGCUUUCGAGAAUGGAAUGGUUUAUGUAGCUCUUUCCCGUGUGAGAAGCUUGGAAGGCCUGUAUUUAUCUGGUUUCAAUCGCUGGAAGAUUAUGGUUCACCCUAAAGUUUUGCUGUUCUAUAAAAGUUUUAGUGGUGAAGUGGCUCAGGAGGAAAAUGAUGACAAUGAUAGCCAGGGACAAGAUAGCAUGAGCCGCAUUGGUAAUGGCAGCCAGGAAGAUGAUGGCAGCAAAUACAUGCUGGUUCACAUAAAAUGA